CCAGGCAGACGUUGUAUGCUAGCUAGCUCAGGUUAGCUAACGACACAGCUACAAAUUGUCAAAGGCUAGUAUUGGCUAUUUAAAUUAGCUACGAAUCGAGCCACGAUGAGUGAGCAACUAAAAUUGAUUGUCGAACAACUGAACAAAGAUCCGUUUAGGAAAAACUUUAAUCUCAUCACGUUUGACUCCCUCGAACCGAUGCAUCUCCUCCAGAUUUUAAACGACGUUUUAGCUGAAGUCGACCCAAAGCACGCUAUUGAUAUUCGCGAGGAAAUGCCCGAACAAACAGCGAAGAGAAUGUGUGCUCUGCUUGGGAUGCUGAAAUACAAACCACCUGGCAACCAGUCUGAUCUGAGCGGUUUCAGACAGGGUCUCGUGGUCGGCAGUAAACCCGCGGUCCAUCCUAUCCUGCACUGGCUGCUGCAGAGGGUCCCGGAGCUCAAGAAGAGAGCUUACUUGGCUCGCUUUCUUGUCAAACUUGAUGUUCCCGCAGAGUUCCUGGCGGAUGACGUCAUCGGCGACACGUACCACCAGUAUGAAGAACUGGUGGAAGGAUUUAAGACCAAUCAUAAGGAAUGUGAGCAGCUCAGGACAUCAGGGUUUUCCACGGCAGAAAUCAGAAGGGACAUUGGUGCAAUGGAGGAGGAGAAGGGCCCACUAAUUAAACGUGUGGAAAGGUUGAAGAAGAGGGUGGAGUCAGUGUCCAACCAUCAACAGAUGCUGGAGCAGGCCAGACAGCUGAGAGUUGAGAAAAAGAGAGAAGAGCAUUUGGCUCACCAGAAGCAAGAACAAAAGAACCAACUGUUUCAGGCACAGCAGAGGCUGCAGAGGUUGCAGCAGCAGUUGAAGGACAUGCGACAUGCUGCAGCUGAUGCCAGUCCAGAUAGUUUAAUGAAGAGGCUCGAGGAGGAGAUUAAGAUCAAUUCCUACAUGGUUUCUGAGAAACUUCCCAAAGAGUUGGAGGUCCUCAAGCGUACAGUGCAGUACCUUCAAAAAGUGGCAUCAGAGCCCGCCAUGGGUCAUGGUGAUCUCCUGGAGCUGAGGGACAAGAUUAAAGGAGUUGACAUGCAGAUAAAUCAUCUGAUUGAGAAGAAGAUGAUGAGAAGCGACCCUAUUGAUGAUAAACUGACUCUCUACAGGCAGCAGGCCUCCAUCAUCAUCCGUAAAAAGGAAGCAAAAGCUGAAGAGCUGCAGGAAGCGAGGGAGGAGUUAGCAGCUGCAGAGCGGGAGCUGACACAUAGGACCAGCCAGGCACUAGCCUCCAAUGGAGAAGAGGUCGUCCGGGGUGACGAGCUGAAACGUUUGGUGGUGAAACUGCGAAGCAAAGGUACGGUAUACAAGAAGAAACGUCAGGAAAUUGCAGAGCUGAAGGCAGAGUAUGGAGUUUUACAACGGACGGAGGAGAUUCUCAAGCAAAGGCAUGAGGCUGUCCAAGAGAAACUGCAAACUAUGGAAGCUGAAAAGGGUAUCUCUGGCUACAGCAACACUCAGGAGGAACUAGAGAGGGUGUCAGCCAUCAAGAGUGAGCUAGAUGAAAAGAAGGGCCGCACACUGGAUGAUAUGUCUGAAAUGGUAAAGCAAUUAAACUCAAUGAUAGUGGAGAAGAAGUCUGCUCUCGCUCCAAUUAUCAAAGAGCUGAGGUCACUGAGGCAGCAGUGUCAGGUAUUAAAUCAGGAACAUGAAGAAAAGAAAUCCCAGUAUGAAAGUUGUGGUGCUGGUCUGGAGAGCAACAGAUCUAAAUUGGAGCAGGAGGUGAAAGCAUUGAGAGAAGAGACGGCACAGGAGGAAAACCGAUAUCAUUACAUCAACUGCAAGUCCGAGAUCACUGAGAUGCAAAUACAGCGAGCGGCUGAGGAGAUGAAGGCCUAUGUGUCCUCUGAUGUCCAGGAGAGGAAAAGGGCAAUCAGGGAAGUGUACAUGAAGAACAUUGCAGAGCAGGAGUUACUUGGCAAGAAGUUACGUGAGAAGCAGAAGAUGGUGAGGGAGAGCCACAGUGCUAACAUGGAGCAGAUGAAGAUGUGGCAAGACUUGGAGCAGCUGAUGGAGUGCAAGAGACAGUGCUUCAUAAAAGUGCAGAAUGAGGCAUCUGUCGGUCAGGUCAUCCAAGAAGGAGGAGAGGAUAGGCUUGUGCUGUGAGGGUUAACAUGCUUUCUAUGUGUGUAAAUCUACUUCCUUUUAAACCUUACUGUGCUAUGUAUUUAAUGUAAUUUGCUUCAUGAAAAUGCUUUAUAAGCGUUAUUUCAUUAUUCAUGGGAUAUCUACAACUGUAACAAUGGGUUACCGUUUCCUUACAGGAGGAGCACAACAGUCCAUUUUGUGAAAGGAUUUCAGAUGAUGAUCUCCAAUGUUUUAACUCUCUGUGACCCACCAGACCUUUUGACACAUGCUUAUCCUUAAUAUACUUUCGAUCCAAGUGUCUCGCGAUAACAGCACACGAAGUCUAGUACCGGUGGUCACGGUCAACUAUUGUUAGCAGGAAUAACAUGACCUUGGACUGUGUGUCUUGCCAAUUUUGGAGCUAACUGUUGCAAUUCAUACAAUCAGAUUUCAUAUCAUCAGAUUUCAUUGAAUGGUAGGGCAUGGCCAUGUUGAUUUUGACUGAUAGUCUGUAUUUAAAAAAAUUAUUACAUGCGAUUUGCCGGAGUAGUCUAAAAAUAACGUAUUUUGACUUUUGUAACGAGCAACUGUAAUGAUUUUGUAAUGAAAAUAUUCA